AUGAUGAAGCAGCCGGAGGAAGAGGAAGAGGAGGAGGACAAGGAGCAGUGGGGUCUCCUGGAAAAGUCAUUCUCGGGCACAGCCGGUCAGAAGGGACCCGACCAUCACCUGGAGGCUUACCUCAACGAGCGCCUUUACAACAAGCGCAAGGAGCAGGAGGAGCCCGAGAUAGAGAAGAGUCGCGAGGAGCGUCUCUACGAGGUGCCCGCGAACCUGCAGGUUCCCGAUGCAGCGGAGGGCCAGGCAGACAAGAUGAGCUGGGUUGCGGGCCUUGCGGAGGUAGCCCUGCCUGUUGAGUACAAGCUCAAGAACAUAGAGGCGACAGAGAAGGCUAAGCGGGAGUACCUCUAUGGCGAACACGCGAGCGCCAAGCCGGGAGCUGUCAUCGAGACCGAUGCUGUCACGAGGAAGGCAUUUGGAUCCAGGUUCAUGAACGUCGAUCGGCGCGACGACUCCAAGGCCCAGAACCAGCUUCGCACAGCCCUCGAAUUGGAGCUGGUUCAAGCCUGUGUCGGGACUCUCUCGCCCGCUUGUCCUAGGCGAUCCUGGUCUCAGCUUUCCUUUUCCUUCAAGGAAGGGGGCAUCAUCACUUCCUGGAACAAGCGGGCGGAGGAGGUCCUUGGCCGAAAGUCGCAAGAUGUCAUGGGUCAGGCCUGGACCUCGCUUGUGGUCGAGGGCUGUGCGGCUGAAGCAGAAGCAGCCAUCGAGGCAGUGCAGGCUCCUGGUGAAGAAGUGUCGAUCCCUCUCAUGACAGGCGAGGACAAACGCUGCUGCAUGCGUUUUGUGGUUCGCAAGUUUGGGCGCAAGAGUUGCUUCCUUUUCAGCUGUGGCCACACACCUCCGACAUCCAGCGGUGUUCCAUCGUGGCCUCUGGAGAUCCGAAACGCCGAAGGUCAGGGCAAGUCCGCCUACGCCGUUUGCGACCUCCCAGAGAAUCAGAUCCUCCUUGAGGAGGAGCCCUUUUACACCCGGACGCCGCCUGCGGAGCUGCACGGGCGGAAAGAAUGGGACGAGGACUGGAGCGCCGCCUUCACUCGCAUCAAAGCGCCGAUGCGGCUGCCUGGUGGAGAUAGCGAGAAGGAGAAGCCUCUGCUAGCAAGUACCGCGCUCGUUCGGGACGUCCUCGGAUUUGUAAAGAUGCCGGAGAGCCUGCGAGGUGCUCUGUUGUCUUUCAGCUUCCCUGCGCUGGACUUGGAGCACGGGCUUGUCGACGUCGCUCUGCAACUUGCAAAGCUCUGUAAAGAGCGGUUGCCAGAAUGCAAGGCCUUCGAGGUGGAGUGGUUACAAAUCGGAAUCCUGGUGACAGAAAUGAACAUCUUUCCUGGUGGUAGGGUCUUUUGGACGAUGAGUCGCAUCAACCACAGCUGCGCUCCCAACUGCGUGUUCACCAACGCUCCCGGCCGCUGGGGACUACGCACGCUGCGACCUAUUCGCAAGGGCGAGGAGCUCACUAUCUCCUACCUGGGUGAAGAGCUACUGCUUCCUACUGGCCAACGCAGAUGGCUUCUGUGGCGGUCGAAAUGUUUCAUUUGCCAGUGCUCUCGCUGCACAGGUUCCGAGGAUCCGCUGAGAGACCGUGCUUGCAUCUGUCUCGGCCGUGCCCCGCUGUCCUGGCGAGUGGUGCACAAGCCUGCGGUUUGGCAGCGCGCGGAGCCCUCGACGAAGAGCCGCGCUGUUGCCUUGCUGAAGGAGGGCUUCGAAUUCGGCUCGACGGGAGAGAUCAGAAGAACGUCGGAGGGCGCAUGGGUGCAGGUGGAGAAGUGUGAAGUCAACGGGCAAACAUCCGGGUGGGGUCUGAUCGAUGGAGCAGCCCUGGGAUUGGGUCGCCUGAUUGAGCCUUGCGAGGGCAGGCUUCCAUCGUUAUCCCCACACGAUGGGGUUGCUCCUGGAGAGUUGCGAGAUCGCUUGCAAAAGCGAGCGCUGGCUUCGCGAGCAGGUCUGAGAUUGAACUGGUAUGACGGAGACAAACUCGAACGAUACGCGCUUCCUGCGGCCAGCGCGGCCACGCAGUGGAGGCGAGAUGACGGUGAUGACGAGGAUACCGACGCGGAGACGGGGGCUGAAGUCCAAGGCCCCGCUUGUCUCCCCAUUGGUUGGGCUCGGCUUCGCGGAGAAAACUGGCACUGCCGAUGUGGAUGCAUCACCCAAGCGAUGGCUGCCGAAAAAGAGCUGUCGGAAGUUGCUCAACGAGUCUUUGCGCUGUCCCUGCCAGACCAGCCGAGGGCUUCGCAAGCCGGUGUCAAGGGCCUGGCCCUUCCGGACGAAGGCUUCGUUCUCACGGCCUUGCGUUUGGCAGACGAUGCGGGAAGCCUCUUCGGCCGCCGACACUGGAUUUGGCAGUGGGGUCUUCUUUUCGCCGUGGAUCUGGACCUCUCCCUGAUCAGGUACACCUAUAUGCAGUGGGAUGCAGCCUUCGCAUCGGGAACGGCAGCUAUGCUGAUCGAGGUGUGGGACUGGCUCACUUCGCUGGGCCUCUCGCAGGAGCCUUCGUUAUUUCUGCACAGCCGCGCGCAGCGGCUUGCAAAGGAGCUGGAGAGUGUGACACCACCCAAUCACCGGAAGGACGACAAGGACCGUUUCAGGGAGCUGCAGGGAGAGCUCCGACGUCGACUGGAGGCUUCCUCUCCUUCUGUAAGCUUGCUUCCGCCGCGUGAGUUCAUCCCCGGAAGUCUUUUCAUCGCACACUAA